UUCGCUUUUUUGAUUGUUCUUUUUUAAUCAGUUUUUCAGUAUAUUUUCUGAUUGAUUUGGUUCAAUGGUAAUUCAACGAGCAAGCGAAACUCUCAACUAUUAUGUUCACGACUUUUGGGAUCACCAGGGUGACCCGAGAAUCGCCGACUAUCCUUUCUUCAAUUCUGGUCCAUGGUUAACAUUAACUCUCGUCGGUUUAUAUUUGCUCAUCGUUAAGUAUUUUGGUCCAAUGUGGAUGAGAGACCGUAAACCAUAUGACCUGCGUCGUGUUCUGAUCGGUUACAAUGCUGCGAUGGUCGUUCUCUCAGGUUAUAUUUAUUAUCGUGGAUCUAUCAUUUUAUCAUUCGGAUUAGAUGCAUGGGGAUGUACACGAUAUCCUUAUGAUCCAACGGAUUUUUCUGAUAAAGCUUUAGAAUCACUUAGUCUUGGUUGGUUGUUUUUCGUAUCCAAGUUGAUUGAGUUCGCCGAUACUUUUUUCUUUGUUCUGAGGAAGAAAAAUUCUCACAUUUCCGAUCUCCAUGUUUUCCAUCACUCGACUGUACCAAUUUCCGUUUGGAUUGGAAUGAAGUUCUAUACUGGUGUAAAUAACGCGUUCUUUCCUCUUCUCAAUUCGGGUGUUCAUACGUUCAUGUACACUUAUUAUGGAUUAGCUGCUUUCGUCUCUGGUGCCAAUGGUUCGUUGUCUUAUCCUCGAAUCACAAAACUCCUGCGAACAACAAAAAAAUACUUGACCACUCUUCAGAUCGGUCAGUUUAUUCUCGCCAUUCUCCAUGGAUUAUAUUCGUUAGCUCUGCCCGAUUGUGACUUCCCUAAAUCCUCAAUAGUUGUUAAUCUGGGUAAUGCUUUUAUCUUUCUCGGACUUUUUUACUCUUAUUAUCGAAAGUCUUACACCAGAAAAAUUGAUUGAUUGACUCUUUUGCUUUCAAUCAAGUGGCAUCUUAUCAUGAGAGUUUACUUUAAUUUUGUGCUCAUUAUCAACUUACCAAGAUUUAUUUUGUAUA